UUUUUUUUUGCCAUAGGGUUUCCUCCUCCUGAAUAACCUUUCCGUUUUUCCUUUGUUCUCUGUGAGUGUUACUGCCUUGCAAAGAAAGGCCUCUCACAGCCUCCCUGCAUGCACAUGUAGACAUUUGGCUUUUGAGCACUCUGACUGGCCUUUUGUUGAAUGCUGUGUGCUGUAGCUCUUCCCCCAGAUAAAUUGUGUGUAUUAAGUAAAGUAACCACCUUGGGUUGUGGCUUAAUUCCAUGGGAGAGUAGGAAUUAAGAGACAGCACCUGAUGGGAUGCGCCACCUUACAGGACCUCCCACUGCCGUUUGGUGCCUGUAACUUCACAGUGCUGGGGGUUCCCAAGCCAUCAGUGGGAUUCUGUAGGUAAAGGAGCCAUUCUGCUUCAGAGUUACUUGCUUGCUCACGCAGAUCACAAACCUAACUCUGGCUGCUGUUUCCCUGAUGCUCUGGUUAGGAUGGCUCAUACAUACUGGUCUGCCCUUAUUAGAUACCCUUAGAGUACAGAGGAUCUUCUCCAAAGUAAAUGUUUGACGUAUUUGUGCAAGCAGGUUUUGUCUAUAGCUCAGUGAAGCACGUGGAUUGGAUGAGAUUGUUUUGUUUAGAAGAGUGCAUACAACUGCACUGGUUAUUUUUGCAGCAGCUUUGUGUUUCAGAAUGGUAGCAAGCUUUGCAGGCACAGUCAAAGAGAAAUGUUAGUGAGAUAUUUCAGGAUUUUAUUUUCUGUACAGUUCUGCUGCUUCUUUAGAAAUGUUAAGUUGCCUAUCCACGUACAAUACUACUUCCUAUCUGUGCUGAAAAACCCCAGGAAGCCUACGACCAACCCAUGGCCAACACUGUUAUGUUACUAUGAUCUGCAGAUGAUGGUAUCUCUGCUUGUUGUUAUUGUAGAUCCUAGGGAAGGUUGUGGAGUUUACAUCUUUAUGGUGAAUGUUGUAAUGUGACUCUGGUUUCUGGGCCUGCCCUGGUCACAGUGACUGAGUAGGUGCUCCAGUCUCUUAAGAAAUGCAGAGAAUGAGGAAACUUUUACAGCAGUUUAUAUUAAACUCUUCAAGUAAUAUGGAUCAGUGCAGCAGUGUAUGGAUUCUAUUUCCAGGAAUCUUUAUCUGGUCUUUCUAUCUUGUGGGUUGUCUGCUUGUCUUAUCAUCAAAACCAAAACUCAGAUUUUGAAGAGCAUACUGCAGCAUCCAGAUGGGACUGUCCUGAAGCAGUUGCAGCCACCACCUCGUGGUCCCAGGGAACAGGAGUUCUACAAUAAGGUUUAUGACCCUGACUGUUGUGACAGCAUUCUUCUGGAGCUGCGGAAAUAUCUGCCAAAAUACUUCGGUGUCUGGUCACCACCUACUGCACCAAAUGAUACGUAUCUAAAACUGGAAGAUGUGACCCGUAAGUUUAAUAAGCCUUGCAUAAUGGAUGUAAAAAUAGGUCAGAAAAGUUAUGAUCCCUAUGCUUCGGUGGAGAAGAUACAGCAGCAGGUCAGCAAGUACCCGCUGAUGGAAGAGAUUGGCUUUUUGGUGCUCGGCAUGAGGGUGUACCAUGUCUCUUCAGACAGCUACGAGACACAAAACCAACACUAUGGAAGGAGCUUGACCAAGGAAACAGUAAAGGACGGCAUCUCAAAGUUUUUCCACAGUGGGUACUGCUUGAGGAAAGACGUGGUAGCUGCCAGCAUUCAGAAGAUUGAAAAGAUUUUGGAGUGGUUUGAGGGCCAGACGCAACUCAACUUUUAUGCAAGCUCAUUGCUUUUUGUCUAUGAAGGUUCGUGUCAGGCAACAACUGUGAGGUUGAGUGAUGUCACCUUGGUGGAGAAGAGAGGAAUGCCCAAAGGCCUGUUAUCAGGUGGAGAUGUACUGGAGUGUAAUAAUAAUAUUCAUGUAAUAAAUUCUACAGAGAAUGGAAAAAUUGAAGCCUCUGUAAGUAAAGGCUUGUCCAAAUUUUAUGCACUUCACAAAAAGUCAUGCUCGAAGAGGCACCACAGUCAGCUCUCACUGAAAGUUGAAAACUUGGAGCAAGACAACGUGUGGAAAAGCAGCACGUGCAUUGCACAGGAGCACCUGAACGGAAACGUUCUACCCCAACUGGAAAAAGUUUUCUAUCACAUGCCAGCAGAGACCAAGGAAAGUGCAAACGUUGAAGUCCGAAUGAUCGAUUUUGCUCACGUGUUUCCUAGCAACGCAAAGGAUGAGGGCUACAUUUAUGGUCUGAAAAAUCUAAUCACAGUACUUCAAAGUAUUUUGGAUAACUAAAUUCUUUGCUAUGUUUUUUAUCGGGGCCAAUGAUAAAAGAGCAACAACAUGAAGAAUUUCUGCACUUGUAAUGCUGUAUACUGGGUUUGUAUUGUUCUAUAUUUUAUUUGUCUUUGUACUUUUGGUAGAAGGGUUUAACUUUUUAUAAUUUCACUCAGGAAAAUAAUUGAUAGUUAAUUAGGGAGUAUGAAAGGAUGAAGAUACUUGAGAUAUAAAGCAGGAUAGGUAAAUGAAUAGAAUGAAGUGUAUGUGGUUGUCUUAAAUCCAAGGACAACCAGAAGCAAGGGUUAUGUUAGUUCCUAUAAUGACUUUAGCAUAGAUGACAUUUGCCCACUUAGCCUUGACACUGAGCCGCAUCUCCAUUAACAAAUCUGUAGAAAAUAGACUGAAAGCUGUAAGGUAGGUGCAGGAUCAAUGUCCUCAGCACUGCCUUUGUGUUUACUGUAUUUGAAUAACUGGAGUAACCCUGCUUGGAGAGAAAUCCCAUGCUGAGUCAGCAGUCUUGCUUGAAGCAUCGAAAAGUGCUUUUCCGUGUCACGGGAAGAUAUUGCUGUUCUUUCAGCUCUCAUGGGGGCCUUUUCUUCCCCCACUGUGGGUGUCUGUAGUCAAUGUUCACCACUGAUGAUCAACCACAUAAUUUGUGUUGAGGUGCUAAGAAAAUGCUGGAGUAAAAUACCAUAACAGGCUUAAACUGCACAAUUUCUAGAGAAACUGUUAGUUCCUAAGAGAGAGCAAAAGUAUGCAAAUGCAAAACGUUCCAGCAAGUAAUUUGGUUUAGAAGAUUAAGUCAGUCUGUUAACGGAGUGUCUGAUGCUGUGAUUAAGGGAAAUGCCUCGCUCUGUUGUUUUCAUGGCGCUUCUCCAAAAACAUUGGUUCAAAAAGCAAACUAAUGGAGUAGAGGAACAGAGCGUUCUCAGUGAGCGCACAGAGAUCUCUGCUGGCCACCGGCCGCUUGCGUUUUUGCAACAGGCAUUUCAGGCUUCUGCUGCUGGGGAGCACGGAUUGGAGCCAUGAGCAGUACAGGCAAAGGACUCUCCUGUGGAGAUCGUUGGGCCCUGGAGCCACCAGCUGAGCCACCAGCUGUGCCACCACUUGUGCUAGUGGAGCUGGGGCUCUCCCACCCUGGGCUACAGCUGCCACUGGUUUCUUCUAAUGACACACAGGCAAGCUGCGCAAUUUGAAAGUUGUCCCGUUUCUUUCUUCUUCAUGGGAAAAAAAAUCGAGCUGUUUUAUGGAAUACUUGAGGUCAGGAUGAUGUAUCCAAAGCAUUUUUGGUUGUAUCUCUUCCGUAUGCUGUGCUGCCGUGUGUAUACAGUGAGCUGUUUGAAAAGUGGAGACGGCCAAGCCUUGCCAUCUGUAGAGCAAGAUUUUAAUGCUUAAAGCAAAGCCCCAGGAUGAAAACGUUUUAGAAUGGUCCUUGGAAACGUAUGUCUUUUCCAUGUGGGCUUACCGUGACCCUGUGACCUUGCUGCUCUCUCUGUACAACGUUCUGCAGUGUGCACUCAACUGUGUACCUGUCUUGGCAAGUUCUUCAUUUCACACCUGUUAUCUAUAUGAGAAAGAAACACAUAGUUUUUCAAGCAAAUAUGCUGUUUUAAGUAAAGCUGAAAUUUUAUCUGAGAACUUGGGUUGAUUGAAGAAACAGGGUAUUACUGUGUGUAGAACUACAUUGUUUUAACUUCAGAGCUCAUAUUGGCCAAAGCGUUCAAGAAUGAAACCAACUAUUAGUAACAAUGUUUUUGAAGUGUGGGAAAAGGGGCUUGCAGAGGAGGGGCAGUAUCAUUUUGUUGACAAUUUCAUGUGAAUUACGGUGAAGGCUGAGGGGAAGGUACAAGAAAGAAAGGGACUUUUUUUUUUCUACCUGGUAUUUCUCUUGCACCAUAUAGUUAUAGUGUAUUUCCAAAUCUCUGUGAAUUAAUUUAAGCCAUAUUCUAGAAAGAGUUUGUGGGUUUGUUUGCUUUGACGCUGAUUUCUCUGUUAUGAUUUCGUUGUUCUGUUCCAUAACACUAGAGUACUCCCGGCUUAAGUGGCCUUGUAUGAUAAAUUUACAAGGUUUUAUAGAAAAUAUGGGCAACACCAUAAUUUUUGUCCUCAGUAAUUCAUCUCUUCUGGAUUUUAAUCCAUUUUAUGCCAGAGAAAUCAGACAUUUGCCUCAAAGAAGUCAGUUAUUAGAAAAUUAUCUGUAUGCUCUUGGUAUCACUCACUGUCCUGUCUCUGCUUUAAGAUAUACUUCCUCAGUGUUUGAAUGCUCUUUAAUUAUGGAUUGUUUUGUUGGCUAUGGCAGUGUUUGUAAUGCACCUGGAAUAUUGUCAACCUGUCAGAAUAUUUUGAAUAAAAAAAUAAUUUUA